AUGAAUAAAGUCUCUCAAUGGGUAGACAAGAAAGUUGGUUACAUUCACAAUCUUGAGAAGAAUCUCGCCACUCUGGAGGCUAACAUGGCAGAUCUCAAGGCGAAGCGGAAUGAUUUAUUGAGAAAGGCCACAAGAGAGGAGGAGGAUAGAGGUCGACAAAAGCUUGAAGAAUUCCAGGUAUGGCAUAGUAAAGUUGAGUUUUUGGAAAAUAGAGUUGAUGGUCUUCUUGAUGCUAGAGGUGUUCAACUUCAAAGGCUAUGUCUUUGUGGGUUUUGCUCUAAGAGUUUAAGAUCUAGUUACCGUUAUGGGAAAAAGGUUUUUUUGUCGUUGACGGAGGUUGAGGAACUUCGAGUAGAGAAUUUGGAGAGGUUUCUGGGCAAGCUCAAACAUCCAAGGUGGAGGAAAUACAAGUUCAACAGAUAA